CACUCAGCCACACACACCACAAAACAUUACCAUCCUCACCACCACUCCACCCAUGCUUCUCUGAAUUUUUCUUUCAUCAUGGCCGUUCGGGCAGUCGCCACCUGCUCCUUCUUCCGCCCUCCUUCUCCGCCCCUAUUAUCCUCCGCCCUCCGCCUCUUCUCCUCUCGCUUCCGCUGCUCCGGCUCCCUCCGUCAUGGCGCCAAAAUCCACGGCCGCUCCUUCCACUCCGUCUUCGACAGCGUCAUGGAAGAGCUCCAUGCCGCGCGCAAAAGCCGCCACAAGCGUGUCUCCGCCGCGGGUUCCAGCACCGGAUUGUUGAAUGAAGAGCUUGUUGAGGAUAGACUUGCAAACCGUUCAUUGCAAAAAGGGUUGCUUUUGGAAUUCAAGAAGGAUUCUGAUAGAGUAUUGCUAGCAGUAGCUCAGAGACCUGAUGGCAAGAAGAACUGGAUGGUUUCUGAUCAGAAUGGUGUCACUUCUUCCAUCAAACUGCAGCAAGUGACAUAUAUCGUUCCUGGUAUUGAUAAUUUUGACCAAGCAGAUAUCACAGAUUUUGCACUAAAGGCUCAGGAUAACAUGGACCCAUCUCUACUUGAAUAUGCUUGGGUUGAGCUCCUAGAAAAGAAUAAGUCUGUCACAGUUGAAGAGUUGGCUGAGAUAAUUUUUGGCAGCACCGAGCCCCUUGAGAGCUAUUCCGCUCAUCUCUUGCUAUCAAAAGAUGAAGUAUACUUUACUGUAUUGGAGACUAAAGGAUCUCGUUCCAUUUAUGGACCUCGACCGAGUAGGCAGGUUGAGGAGCUCUCUCACAAGAAGCUUGCAAAGGAGGCUGCUGAGAAAGAAUUUCAAGAGUUUAUUGAAUUACUGGCCUCUGUGAAGUCCAUGUCUUUACAAGAUAAACCUCCGAAAUCUUCAUGGACCAAUGAUGAGAAUAAUUGGAGGAGAAUUGAGUCACUUGUAGCAUAUGCUAUUGAUGCAUGUAAAAGUGAUGAGCAAAGAAAAACAGCUGGGAUGAUACUGAAGGAAUUGGGUCUGGCAAAGACAAGUUCCUCAGCUGUUAAACUUCUGAUAGAUAUUGGAUAUUUUCCUGUACAUAUCAAUCUUGAUCUUUUGAGGUCUGGAAUUCCCACUGAUCAUUCGGAAGAAAUCAUAUCUGUUGCUCAGAGUCUUUUAUUGGACACAUCUGAUCCAGACAAGAUUGACAGGAAGAAUCUUACUGAGUUAAAGGUCUAUGCCAUUGAUGUUGAUGAGGCUGAUGAGCUUGAUGAUGCUUUGAGUGCAACAAAGUUGCAAGAUGGCCGGAUUCAAGUUUGGAUACAUGUUGCAGAUCCAACUAGAUAUGUUCAACCUGGAAGUAUAGUGGACAGAGAGGCUAUGAGAAGAGGAACUUCUGUUUUCUUGCCCACUGCUACAUAUUCUAUGUUUCCAGAAAAUCUUGCCAUGGGGGGCAUGAGUUUGCGACAAGGAGAGCUUUGUAAUGCAGUUACUGUAUCAGUUGUGCUGCAUAAUGAUGGCAGUAUUGCAGAAUAUUCAGUGUUUAACUCAGUGAUUAAACCAACAUACAUGCUGACAUAUGAGAGUGCAUCCGAGCUACUCCAUUUGAAUCUUCAGGAGGAGGGUGAGCUCAGAAUUUUGUCUGAGGCUGCAAACCUUAGGUCAAAUUGGCGGCGUCAACAGGGUGCAAUCGAGACAUCAACGUUAGAUACUCGGAUUAAAGUAUUUAAUCCAGAGGAUCCAGAGCCAUCAUUAAAACUUUAUGUGGAAAACCAGGCAGAUCCUGCCAUGCGAUUAGUCUUUGAGAUGAUGAUACUCUGUGGAGAAGCUAUUGCCACGUUCGGAUCUCAGAAUGACAUUCCCUUACCAUACAGGGGACAGCCGCAAUCAGAUAUAAAUGUUUCUGAAUUUUCCCAUCUUCCAGAAGGACCUGUUAGGACCUCUGCACUGGUCAGGGUAAUGCGUGCGGCUGAAAUUGAUUUCAGGAAGCCAGCACGCCAUGGUGUUUUGGGGAUUCCUGGUUAUGUUCAGUUUACAUCUCCCAUCCGUAGAUAUUUGGAUCUUCUUGCACAUUAUCAAGUUAAGGCAUUCCUUAGAGGCGAGCCUCCACCCUUUACAGCUGGAAAGCUUGAAGGGAUUGCAGCUGUUAUCAAUGAGAAUGUUAGAACAGUGAGGAAACUCUCAAACAGCAGUCUUCGAUACUGGAUAUUAGAAUAUUUACGAAGACAACCAAAAGAGAAAUCGUAUCGUGCAUUGGUUCUUAGAUUUUUGAAAGAUCGAAUUGCAGCUCUUUUGCUGGUUGAGGUUGGAUUUCAAGCCUCUGCCUGGGUCCCUCUUGGAUCACAGAUAGGGGAUGAAGUAUUAGUUAAAGUGGAAGAAGCGCAUCCGCGUGAUGAUAUUCUUUUUCUGAAGGAGGUUGCAAAAGAGUGAGCUAAGAUAGGAUUUUGAUUACACUUUAUCAUUGUUCAACGAUUUAUUCAAAACGGGUAAGCAUCUCUCCACAUCGCUCAUUUUGGCUGGUACGAUGCAACUUCCUUCCUUGUCAAUUGCAUGGAAAAGAGAUCAUACUUCACUGCCAGAAUUUCAUUAUUUGGAACUUUGUCAAGUUGUUCAAAUCUUUGAAGUGUCAUUUCUGGCAGAGAAGUUAUGGAUGGAAGUUAUAGCCGACAUAUCAAGCUGCUAGUGUACAGUCCUCCAAACAUUUUCUCAUUCUGUUGAUUUGUUGUGGUAGUAAUAGCAUACAUGUAACCAAAAUCAGCCUCUUCUUUUUUUCUUUUUUCUCUUUUCUUUUAUUCAAAACGCAUGGUAAAGUAAUUUGUAUGUUACUCCCACCUACUCAUACCUCUAUAAUUGAUCAUCAAGGGCUUUACAUCCUCAGGUUUUGAGAUUAUGUAGAUUAUUCCUACUAACAUAAUCACAAAGCCCUAUUAACAAUUUA